AGGUGUGUAAUGUGUGUUUGUAUAUAAGUCACAGUCUACGGUCCCACAACCAGUCCUCCUGCUGCUCUGCCAUCAACUACUCUGGAGGGUCAUCAAGAACCAUGGUGCCCAGAAUCUUUGCUGCCGUCUUCAUUUUUGAACUCCUGUUCUCAGACUCGGAAGGACUCACAGCCCCUUCUGCUCUGGCUUGUUCAGAUACUGGGCUGUGGAUGUGCCAUCCAGCACCCAAGUGUGGGGACGAGAUCUACAACCCCUUGGAGCAGUGCUGUGAUGAGGGCACCGUCCUGUCCUUGAACCACACCCGCCUCUGUGGUCCCAACUGCACCUUCUGGCCCUGCUUCCAGCACUGCUGCCUUGAGUCCUGGGGCUCUCAGAAUCGGGCCACUGUCAGGUUUAAGGUCCCAGGCACAAAGUCCAACUGCAUUGCCGCCCCCCUCAGCAGGAUCUGUGGCCAGGAAUACUUGCCUAGCAAGCCCUCUACCAGAACUGAAUUUAUCUGGACCAUCCUGAGGAGCAUAGACACAGGACACUCAAGACUGUAAUAUUUGCGGGUCAGCAGUCCUAUGAUAAACUAUAAGGUCUUUAAUCCUGGCCUGAUAGCUCAGCUGGUUAGAGCAUCGUCCUGAUACACCAAGGUUGUGGGUUCAAUCUCCAGUCAGGAGACAUGCCAGAAACAAUGUAUAAAUAACUGGAAUCCUAUAUAAUAAAAAGGUAAUAUGCAAAUUGACCCUAAUGGUAGAACCAGGAAAGACCCAUCACUAUGAUCCGCACUGACCACCAGGGGGCAGACACUCAACACAGGAACUGCCCCCUGGUGGUCAGUGCGCUCCCACAGGGGGAGCUCCACUCAGCCACAAGCUG